AAGAAGUGCCCCACUCACUCUCUCUCCAUGGUCAGGGCAUUACGUCAGGGUAUCAACUCAACAACCUCUCUCUCUCUCGCUCAGAAGAGUCGUUCUCACGCAGACAACACUUGACACGUAACACGACUGCUUUCCUGGAACCCUCCUGGCCAAGGCCGCAAACUGGGAAUCGGAAACCGGGCUAGUGCUGCUAAUGCUGUUGCUGAUGAUGCUACUACUGCUGAAUGCUGCACUUUUGCCAUCGUCAUCGCCCUUUCAGCUCCUCUUCCUCCACCUCCUCCCUUCAUCUUCUUCUUCCAUUCUCCUCUCCCUCGUCGUCUCAGUCCCUCUCCUCCUCUUCCAUGCUGGACGGCGCGACCAGCAGCAUUACCCUGCCGCUGCUGCUGCACUGCCUGCCUGGCUGCUGCAUGUCUCUGCCUCCCUCCCUCUGCCUGUCUGCCUGUCUGCGCUCUUCAAGGUUGAAGCUUGAUAUCGAGGAGCCGCGUCUGCUUGGAAAAUUGGUCACAGUGAGCUUCGCAUGUCAACCCGCUUGAAUGGUGACAUGCACUUGAUCACCGUAGUUCAUUGGUCAGUGCCGGGGUUACUGAUCUACGCUGCCUGGCAGUCGUCGUUUUUUCCUGUCAGCUUAUUCGUGUGAGGCAUUUCCUCUUCUGUGCUAUGAUAGCCUGAGUGGUGGCGAUUUCGUAGCCUGGGCGCCAGGAUAGGAACUGACAGGAAAUCCAGCUUCGUAUGUCGUCGGCUGCGCUUCAGUACCUCGGCUGUCGACGAGCUUAAUGUGCUCCUUACUUCUUCCUAUUGGGCUUCUGCCUCCUCCUUCCUCCGCCGGCAUUGUCCUCACAUGGACGUCAACUGGGGAUUUGUCUUCUGCAAAGUGUUCUUUGGAGCUUGCUUCACAGUAUAGACCGUCAUCAAGUGGCAUGGAAGGAUACAGCUGAUUGGUUUUCCUUCCAAAGACAGGUUUGGAAAGAUUGUUGUGCCACUGUCUGUAUUGGGAAAGCAACAUUCGAGCACUACCUCUCUCUUGGUUCGACUGGCUACCUCUCCCCGCCUAUGAAAGCCUCUGAACGCGACCGUAUGAGUAAAGAUGUAAUCAAAGAAUCUCCAAGGAGACGUAGGACCGGCUGGUGAUAAACUAUCGUAUCUUCAGUGACCAGAUGAUUCAACAGAUCGCAGUUGCAGUCAGAUGAUACCUUAGGUUUACAUUACCUGCAUGCAAAGUUUACGGUUUACAAUGAGGGGAGAGAUAGGGGAGCGCCCUCACAUCCGUUACUCGGCGCUAGCAUCUCUUCAAGAUGAUCGGCGAGAGAAAUCGUCAUCAUUCUCUGGGCUCUCAACUGCGGCGCAUGAGGACCUUCGCUACCGGUUUGAGCUCCCUGAGGACGUGCCAUGGAAGUCUAUUGCCCUGGCCGUCGUCUUGCUUGCGUUUGGCUGCCUGUUCCUCGUCAUUUCGCACUUCAUCUACACCCAGCACAUGGAAGGGGACUCCUCUCAGGCUUACGGCUUUUUGGUUCUCGGCAUCCUUCUCUUCCUUCCGGGCUUUUACGAGACCCGCAUUGCCUACUACUCUUGGCGCGGCUACAAGGGAUAUUCUUACUCGCGAAUUCCCGCUUACUAGUUUAUCAAUGAAUGACGUUUCAACAUUCUGCGGGCGGCUAGUACAUAAGGUUCUUUCUAUUUUUCCUUACAUGAGUUCUACUGAAUGGUUCAGGAGGUUGGCAAGCCGACACAGAACUUUGUAUUGCUUGUGGCCAUGGGAGCUGUGGCUUCCUCGUGCGACAGCAAUGAAGAACAAGAAUAUGUGUCUCACAUGAGAAGAUUGUGUGAAUGGCGCCCGAAUAGUGCGGGGAGCUGUCUUGGUGACCGUAAAUCUUGACGUCCGUUUACUGUUAUGGAGGCUAAUUUUGACAACCAAGCCGGACGGAGAUCGCAUCUGCUCCUCGGUUUCGUGCAGGCCAUCGCGACAGGGCAAAAAGCUCUGGACAGAUCAUCUCUAAGUGGUGCGGCAGGCAAUUGAGCUUCGAAAUUUUCAUUUCCGUGGGAGGGUAUUACUUAGUAGGUUAAGAGAGCAAGGCAGGUAGAGAGCUUACUGAAGCCUGCAAUAGUGCCUACCCCGAAAAAAUAUUCUUUUAGGGUUGAUAUAUUGCUAUACUAGCUGCAACUUCGAGUAGUUCAAACGGCAUCUGAGGGGCGCUGAUUUUUGAAGAGACUGUGCAGCAACUUUAUUUCUUCACGAUGCCAACUUUCUCUUGAUACAUUUUCUCAGCAACUACGAGUAUAUCGUUGAAUGAGUAUUUCAUGAUAUGACUAGUUAUUGAGCGUUA